AUCAUAAACGGAGAUAUCGCGAAGAAUCACGCCUGGCCCUGGCAAAUACAAAUGUAUUUGUCUGGCGACUUCCAGUGUGGGGGUAGUAUUCUGAACGAGAGGUGGAUUUUGACGGCUGCCCAUUGCAUCUGGUCAGAAUUUUUAGACAUUUUUGAAUUUAAAGUGACAGUUGGAACUAACUUACUGAACGACAAAGGCGCCAAAGAACUUUCUGUAGUAAUGGUCCAAGGGUUUAAUUACUCAAAGACGGGCUUUGUAAACGACAUUGCCCUGUUAAAACUGAGUGAACCACUAACGUUCAACAAAUCCGUCCAGCCGAUCUGCUUGUUGAAUCCAACGUUUGCUGGGGUUUUUGACGUUUGUGUGGCUACUGGGCAUGGAGUCUAUGAGACAAGUUAG